CAAGGCACAUUGCGACAACGGGCAUUGAUAUCCACGACGUUUACACUUUCAAACCAAACAUAGAGUAUUUCCUACAAAUGAGUUCUUCUCUUGAUGGUCUGGAUUGGGCUGCAAUCAUGUCGCCGAACGUUCAGCCAACGCCAGGGUUGAUGGAUAUCGUACCAACGCCAACGACCAACGUUCAACCAUCAACGUCACCUGGCGCCAGGAGAAACGAGAACCUUUCAACUCCAGUCUACAAGUUCCAAGUCUGUAGUAGCUGUCGACGGAAGAAGAGAAAAUGCAACUUGGAGAGGCCAUCGUGCUCUUUAUGUCUCGAGAAUGGCUGGAUAUGCGAGUACCGUCACAUGAAGAAGAAGCCUGGCCCUUCAAAGCGCUCAGGUAGCACUGUCGCAGCUGCUUCACCAGUCGUGGCUGCGGAACCCGAAUUGAAUACCAAUACAACUUUCUUCUCCGCCGCAAAUUCUCUCUCGACUAUCAGCGAAAACGCAAAGAACAGAUUAGUCGAUCUUUACUUCGUCCAUGUUCAACCCAUCCUUCCCCUAUUCUGCAGAAGCUCCUUCGAACGAGACCUUGCCGAAUGCAGAAUACCGAACAAACUCAUUUACGCCCUUUUCACUGUUUCCUCGAGGUUCGCUCCUCUUGAAGAAAUUCUUGUUCUACUCGGAUCCUCGAAUAGCACGCCAUGGAAGAGCUUUGCGCGCAUUGCAGACCAGGAGAGCCAGGCACAGGAGGGGAAUACACACAUAACUCUCAACGAUCUCAAAGCCGACGUUCUAUUGACGCUGUAUCAAUUCACCAGUUUCCCAGGCCGCAAAGCUUGGAUGAUGGUCGGGACCUUGAUGCGCACGGCAUUUGCAAUCGGGCUACACCGCAUAGAUUGCGGCAUACCUAAUCCAGAUCUCACGGAAUUCGAGCUAGAAGAGCAGCGCUUUGUAUGGUGGGCUGUAUGGAAACUUGAUUCCGCUAUCAACAGUAUCACGGGCUCGCAUUUCGGGAUUGACAGUCAUGGCAUCGGCACAGCACUGGUAUCAACAUCUGUUGCAAAAUUCACAGCAGGCGGUGUUGUAAGAUCCAAUUCUCAGUUCCUUCCGACAGACUCGUCGAGAUCAUGGAUGAACGCUCGAGAGAUACUGACCACGGAUACUGAUGACGGAAUGAAUAUGCACCUUUUGUCAAUCUGCUUUGUUCGGGCUGUAUCGCUAUGCCGACAAAGUUUACAUGCAAACACAACCCCUGAGCUCAUUCGGCAAUUCAGUGUGCUAAGAAAUGCGCUCCCAUGCAUGCGAUUAUCCCUCUCUGAAUGGUAUUUCGACCCAUCGAUGCAAUCUUUGGAGACGGUGGGCUCACAUCGGGCUCGCCUGGAAACUCUGCUCCUAAUGCACAUGUCUCAAGUCCAAUGCUUUCUUCCUUUUCCCAGCUCAAAAACGGGUGACCUUCUCGGAGAUGAUAGCGUCUCGAAUUGGAAAAUUUCCGUGGCAAGCGGAGAGGGCAUUGCCACUAUUUUCCGUCACUGGAAGCCAGAAUAUUUUGCUGUCGCAGAUCCAUUUGUUUGCUCAACGAUCUGGUUUACCAUGUGCAUGUUGAGUCUACACACGAUGUCCAUCUAUGGACAGUCCGAAGCGGGUCCAGAUGUGAAAAUCUCAAACGCCUUAGACCUCCUGAAUGUCGCAUUGGGAAACUUCGCACGACGAUGGGAGCUCUCGCAACGUUUGCUAGACUCUGCGAUACAGCUGCAAAGCUGGAAUUGGCUCAAGAUAGACUUCUCGCAAAUCUUGUCGCUGAUGGCGCAGCUUCACACGCCCUUCGAUCCAUUGAAGCAGGAACCUGCAGGUAUCGACAUGUGGCAAAUAGUCGGAACCAUGAAUGAAUAUCAGUAGAAGCGGAAUCCGCACGGCAGGGCUUGGAGUAAGUGGGGUUUGGUAGUCAGUAGACUUAUUAGCAAGUGGAAGGAAUCUGAUACUUCUGGGGUAAACAUCUUUGAUUGCCGGGCUUUUCUGCCGUACCAUGCCGGGGAUCAUCGAAGUCCGGCAGCAGCUUCCGGAUGAGAUUGUGGGAAGGCAAGCGCUACUGCGAACUCCCUAGAUCCCUGGACCAUGUGGAGGAAUUGCGAUAGGCGGGUGACGGGAUACUCCGACGCUAAGCCAGGGCUUUCCCCGGUUACCCGG